AGGCAGCCAUGGAGCAGUGCGCCAGUGUGGAGCGUGAGGUGGACAAGGUCCUGCAGAGGUUUCUGACCUAUGGGCAGCACUGCGAGCAGAGCCUGGAGGAGCUGCUGCAGCAUGCGAGCCGGCUACGGGCAGAGCUGGCGGGGGCAGCCCUGCAGGGGAUGCCCCUCUCGGCCACCCUCUCCCUGGUGAUGUCGCAGUGCUGCCAGAAGAUCAAGGACACAGUGCAGCAGCUGGCCUCGGACCACAAGGACAUCCACAGCAGUGUGUCCCGCGUGGGCAAGGCCAUCGACAGGAAUUUCGACUCUGAGAUCUGCGGUGUCGUGUCUGACGCUGUGUGGGACUCCCGGGAGCAGCAGCAGCAGCAGGUCCUGCAGACGGCCAUUGUGGAGCACCUGUACCAGCAGGGCAUGCUGGGAGUGGCCGAGGAGCUGUGCCAGGAGUCCACGCUGAAUGUGGACCUGGGCUUCAAGCAGCCCUUCUUGGAGCUGAACCGGAUCCUGGAGGCGCUGCACCAGCAGGACCUGGGGCCAGCCCUGGAGUGGGCAGUCUCCCACCGGCAGCGCCUGCUGGAGCUCAACAGCUCCCUGGAGUUCAAGCUGCACCGCCUGCACUUCAUCCGCCUGCUGGCCGGCGGCCCCGAGAAGCAGCUGGAGGCCCUGAGCUACGCCCGCCACUUCCAGCCCUUCGCCCGGCUGCACCAGCGGGAGAUCCAGGUGAUGAUGGGCAGCCUGGUGUACCUGCGCCUGGGCCUGGAGAGGUCACCCUACGGCCACCUGCUGGACAGCAGCCACUGGGCCGACAUCUGCGACACCUUCACCCGGGACGCCUGCUCCCUGCUGGGGCUCUCCGUGGAGUCGCCCCUCAGUGUCAGCUUCGCGUCAGGCUGCGUGGCACUGCCGGUGCUCAUGAACAUCAAGGCGGUGAUCGAGCAGCGGCAGUGCACAGGCGUGUGGAGCCAUAAGGACGAGCUGCCGAUUGAGAUAGAACUGGGCAUGAAGUGCUGGUACCACUCGGUGUUCGCCUGCCCCAUCCUCCGCCAGCAGACGUCUGACGCCAACCCUCCCAUCAAGCUCAUCUGCGGCCACGUGAUCUCGCGAGAUGCCCUCAACAAGCUCAUCAAUGGCGGGAAGCUGAAGUGUCCCUACUGUCCUAUGGAGCAGAACCCGGCAGAUGGGAAACGCAUCAUUUUCUGACUCCUGCUGGCCCUGGGACUGUGCGCAAAGGAGCAGCCACCUGGCACUCAGGCCCCGGGGUGCUGGUCAGAACAGCUGGCCCCAAAGACUAGGCGGUAGUCGCCUGGCCCUCAGAGGGUGGGCUCAGCCACAGGCCCCUGCUGAUGUCUGCACCCACUGUAAACCCUCCACGCAAAACUGCCUGCCACUCUAAUGUGGAGCAAAGGCCUUCCUCCUCCUCCACCUGCCUGCGGCUUUCCUGGCUGAGAAUUGCGCAGGACCCGCUGAAAGGUAACGGUGGGCUGCAGACAGGGCAGCGGCACGCACGGGCAGC